CGAGCCACCUCAUUAAUAAAGUACAGCAGACCCAGAGGCAUCCGUAAACACUAUCAAGCAAACAUCACUUACAACUAGAUACUACUCCAUGGCUGAAGUGUCUAUUCAAACCCCAUUCUCGCGCGACCCAGCUCAACGGUUACGCCAGAGGCCCAAGCACCGCAACCACAACCACAAGUACAUCCAAAAGCCUAACCUGAGCAAACCCAAAUCCUCAUUUCUUGACCACCUCUUCGCGCUCCCAGGGGAACUCCGCCUAGAAAUCCACCGCCAAAUCCUCGUCCGGCCAUGCAAAUACAACCUCCGCCACAAGGACACCUGCGACGGCCACGCCUUCAUCACCAGCCACUCAUACACAUUCCGCAACACACAGACAGUCCUACGCUGCGCAAACUGCCGCCCAGAACCAUGGGGCCACUGCCACAUGCACCGAACAUCCGAUAGCCCAGCGCGCAGCCAGUGGGCGCGUCCCAAGACGAACCCUUACUUCUGCGACGACUGCUACCCAGACAUGCAGCUCUGGUUUGGGCAUGAGAGGAGCCCCGUUCUAACGGGUGUGAAUUGUCUCUGUGCGCGCCACGACGGACUCGGUUGGUUACUCGCGAACCGAAGGAUAUAUGAAGAAGCGUCUCCCCUUUUCUGGAAGGAGAAUACCUUUGCCUUUGAACGUGGGCGGGUGCUAUCUGAGUUCUUGGAGGAGAUUCCUAGUGAGAAGCGGGCGAUGAUUAGGUCGAUUAGCUUUCGUGCGCCGGUAACCACCUUCAUGGAGAUUGAGGAGCUGGGGCCGUGCUGGGCGCUUCUACAGCGCUGUACUGGACUGAGGGAGUUGGAGCUGGAUUCUAAAUUUCUGAACUGGCUUGAUUCUGUGCGGCCGUUGAAUGGACUUUGUAUUCCUGGUGUCAGUGUACGGUUUGUCCAGAUUGGGCCAGUGGAUAAUUACGACGUGCACUACAGGAAGCAGGUUCAGCUACGGUGUAUUUGGCCGUUGGCCUCGAAUCUUGAUGCAUAUUCAGACCAAUUGGGUGAUACGCUGUUGGCCAGUAUGAAGGGAGAGGCUUGUGAUGAGGAAUACCUUCGACGGUUAUUCUUUGAGCGCAAGAGGUUGAGAACUGCUGGGUGAUGUUGAUAUUGAAGAUCUAGACAAGUAUCGUUCUAUUAACUUAAUAUUACACAAAC